CCUCUCUCUCUCUCUCUCUCUCUCUCUCUCACACACACAGAUUCCUCAUUCAGAGCCCACAAAAACAAAAACCCCCUCGAAGAUCCAACAAUGCCACACACGCACACACACACUCUCUCUCUCAGCUUCCUUUUGCAAAACUAGGGUUCUCUCUGUGUGUUUGUCUCUCUCUCUCUCUAGGUCACACUUUGUAAACCCCCAAAUUUCAUCAUAAUUACACCAAAAAAAUAGUCUUUCUCUAAUUCCCACUUCUAAUUCCUCGUCAAGUUUCAAAAUUUCGGAGCUUCGGAUUCGAUUCAGCUCUGAAUUCUUCAUUUCCUGUCAGAUCAGAGCUUAAUUUGUGGAAAAGUUUGAAACUUUUUUUUUUUUUGUGGGGUUUUGUUUUUUGAUUUGGGGGAGGUGUUGGAUUUUGUGGGUUUUUGCAUGUUGUGGUUUUUGGUGGAAAUUUGAGUGAUUUUGUGAAAUUGGGGAUUGAUGGUUUGGUUUUGUUGAAUAUAGAAAAUUAAAAAAGAGUAAAAAUUAGGGUUUUUCAGGGUUUGGUUUUGAUUUGGUAGGGUCUACAUGUCUAAGCCUUAGGGGGGUCCUCCUCUGCUCAGUUGUGGAGGAUCCCUAUUGAAAAUAAGUUAAAAAGAGAAAAUAAAAAUUGGGUUUUGAAGUUUGGGAUUCUCUGUGAUGAAAAUUGUUAUGUUGGUUGAGUUCUGGGUGGAAAAUCAAGUGGGUUAGUAGCUGAAAAGGUUUGUAUAUUUCCUGUGGAUUGGUUUUCUUGUGGGUUUUGUAUUAGAUUUUGGUGGAAAUGUUUGGUUCUGUUCCGGACAGAGGCCAUGAUAGCAGUGGAAUUUCGGUUCCGGUUUUGAUUCCCUGUACAUUCCUGUGGCGAAAUGGGGGAAGAAGCGUGGCACUUUGUGGCACUUUCACAAGGUGGUCAGGAAGUAUACCCAUGUCUCCGGUGGAGGGGCGCGAUGACGUGUUUCAAGUUGUUUGCAAUUUGACACCGGGAAAUCACCAGUACAAGUUUUGUGUUGAUGGAGUGUGGCGGCAUGACGAGAGUCAGCCCUUCAUAACAGGGGAAUAUGGGUUAGUGAAUACCAUCUUAAUAAGAGAACCGGAUAUGAUUCCCUCUACUUAUAGUCAUCAACCACCUGACAUAGACAUGGAUUAUGAUGUCGUUAUGCCCCCGGAAGCAGUUCCAAGGAUAUCAGUGACUGAUUUGGAGGUUUCUCGACACCGUAUAUCUUUGUUCCUGUCUACACAUAAUGCUUAUGAAUUGCUUCCUGAGUCAGGCAAGAUCAUUGCCCUGGAUGUUAACUUACCUGUGAAGCAAGCGUUUCAUAUUCUCUUUGAGCAGGGAAUCUCUGUGGCUCCUCUCUGGGAUUUUGGCAAGGGCCAGUUUGUUGGAGUUCUUAGUGCGUUGGACUUCAUCCUAAUAUUGAAAGAGCUUGGGAGUCAUGGAUCAAACUUGACAGAGGAAGAGCUUGAAACACAUACUAUAGCAGCUUGGAAAGAGGGGGGAAAACUACAUCUUACUAGAACAAUGGAUGGCAAUGGGGCAUCAUUUUCUCGUCGACAUCUUGUUCAUGCUGGGCCAAACGAUUGUCUGAAAGAUGUUGCUUUGAAAAUUUUGCAAAACAAGGUGGCGACAGUUCCCAUAAUCCAUUUUUCUUUGCAGGAUGGUUCAGUUCCACAGUUGCUACAUCUUGCUUCCCUGUCUGGGAUACUAAAAUGUAUAUACAGGUAUUUUAGACAUUCGUCUAGCUCCUUGCCCAUUCUUCAACAACCGAUUUGUUCAAUUCCUUGUGGAACAUGGGUUCCAAAAAUUGGUGACUCGAAGCCAUUUGCAAUGUUAAGGCCAAAUGCCUCUCUUAGUGCUGCUCUAGCUUUGUUGGUUCAAGCUGGAGUUAGUUCAAUACCAAUUGUGGAUGAUAACGGCUCGUUGCUGGAUAUUUAUUCACGGAGUGAUAUAACUGCUUUGGCAAAAGAUAAAGUAUAUGCACAAAUUCGCCUCGAUGAAAUGAGUAUUCUUGAGGCAUUGCGAUUGGGACAAGAUGCAAACUCACCUCAUGGGGUCUUCAAUGGACAGAGAUGUCAGAUGUGUUUGCGAUCUGAUCCCCUGCAUGAAGUGAUGAAACGGUUGGCAAAUCCUGGGGUUAGGAGACUUAUAAUUGUGGAGGCUGGCAGCAAUCGUGUGGAAGGUAUAAUAUCAUUGAGUGAUGUGUUCAAAUUCUUGCUAGGUUAUCCAGAAUUUGUUGGCCACCAUUUCACAUGAAGGGGCUGAUCAUGGUGCCAUUUGGGAAGUCCCAUUGAUUUAUUGACAUCUUGUAUCUUUGAGCUGUGAUCUCCUUCCCAUUGUGAAAGCUCUAAUUUCUUUCUCCAAGUCUUGGUUGGACUAGCCUCAUGCUUCUGAGCACCACCCCCAUCUUUAGGAUAGAAAAUUUUAAAGAGAAAAAAGAAAUCUGUAAAUUGUGAGGUUUCAAUUUUUUACCUUUUCAACACCUAAUUAUUAUCAACUGUGCAGCUGGCACAGCUGCCAUGUUUGUGUCUAGUGCUAACAGAAAAUGAGGCAGGAAAAAAGAAGUGAAGACUUUAUAUGGCACCCUUUGCUGCUUGUUCGGCUGUACGUAAAAAAGUCUGUUAGUUCAAUUUCAAUUUCAGUUGCUGUUCUUCGAUUGUUUAAUUGUAACAUUGCUGUUUGUUGGGCUGUGACAAUUUAUGUCACGGGGUUUAAUUGUCUAUAAAUUUAAGAUGGCUUGUUUGUGUCUCUUGUUUAGAGCUUCAAUAUGAUCUCAUUGCUUUUUCA